AUGCCCCCCCCCCCCCCCCCGUGGCUGGUGCAUCAUUCACCUUCCCCCCAUUCCCCUUCCUCCUGUACUGCCCCCUCCCCACCUCGGUUUGCCUUUCCCUUGCCCCGGUUCUUUCUGGCCCCCCCGCAUGCCUCCUUCCCGCCCCCAGGCAGCUACAUCACCACCAUCGGCGUCGACUUCAAAAUCCGCACCCUGGUGAUCAAUGGCGAGAGGGUCAAGCUGCAGAUCUGGGACACAGCGGGGCAGGAGCGAUUCCGUACCAUCACCUCCACGUACUAUCGCAACACCCACGGCGUCAUCAUUGUCUACGACGUGACAAACCCCGAAUCCUUCGUCAACGUCAAGCGCUGGCUGCACGAGAUCGGGCAGAACUGCGACAGCGUCUGCAAGGUGCUGGGUGAGUCGGGGUCCCUGCCCCCGGCCUGCCCUCCCCUGGGGAGCCCCCCCGGCCUGCCCUCCCCUGGGGAGCCCCCCGGACAGCCUUCGAGAUCUAGUGACAAACGGUAA